AUCGCAACACAACUACGUCCUCUGCGACUACUUUGGACAUCGUUCCGUUAAUUCACGACCGCAAUCAUGGUUCUAGGCGCAAGAAGACCGCCCUCCCGAAAGGGUACGCCGCACCCCCAAUCUCCUGAUACCCUCGUUGGGUAACGACUCUAUAUCGCAAAGAUGGGUGGAAUAACAAUCGUGUUAGGCUCCAUGGCGGAUAUGCCCGUAGACUUGAAGGAACAAAUGAACAAGAUAGAGGAGCUGUUCGUAGUCCCUACGGCAAAGUUGAAGCAUAUCACGGAUCAUUUCGUAGCCGAGCUCGAACGAGGAUUGUCGGAAGAAGGGGGUACCAUUCCCAUGAUCCCGACUUGGUGUAUGGCCUUCCCCGACGGUAACGAGACGGGCAGCUACCUUGCGCUUGACAUGGGAGGUACAAAUCUACGCGUGUGCGAGGUCACCUUGACGGAAGAGAAGGGCGAAUUCGACAUUAUACAGUCCAAGUACCGCAUGCCCGAGGAGCUGAAGACCGGUUCGGCAGAGGAGCUAUGGGGAUAUGUUGCCGACUGCCUCCAGCAGUUUAUCGAAUAUCAUCACGAGGAUGAGAAACUAGACCAUCUACCGCUUGGCUUCACUUUCUCCUACCCAGUGUCACAGGAGGCUAUCGAUCACGGUGUUCUCCAGCGGUGGACCAAGGGCUUCGAUGUUGAGGGCGUGGAAGGGCAGGACGUAGUGCCUGGAUUCACGAAGGCUUUGGAAGAGCGUGGCGUCCCCAUCAAGCUCGCAGCUUUGGUCAACGACACGACUGGUACCAUGAUCGCCUCGGCGUACACCAACACUAGCAUCAAGAUCGGUUGCAUCUUCGGCACCGGUUGCAACGCUGCGUACAUGGAAGAAUGUGGCGCUAUCCCCAAGCUUGCGCACAUGAAUCUCGACCCUAAGCUGCCCAUGGCCAUCAACUGCGAGUGGGGCGCGUUCGACAACGAACACAAGGUCCUCCCUCGCACAAAGUACGAUAUCGUCAUAGACAAGGAAUCGCCCCGUCCUGGCCAACAAUCGUUCGAAAAGAUGGUAGCAGGCCUGUAUCUCGGCGAAAUCUUCCGUCUCGUCCUUCUCGAUCUGCACAAAGGUAACGAGUGCCACUUCUUCGAGAAGCAAAACAUAGGCAAGCUCGACAAGCCAUACUCGUUGGAUGCAGGCUUCCUCGCCUCGAUCGAAGAGGAUCGCUUCGAGAACUUGCAGGACACGGGCGAUCUCUUCCUCGAGAAACUUGGCAUAACUUGCACCAAGCCCGAACUCGAGCUCAUUCGCCGCCUCGCUGAACUUAUCGGCACUCGCGCCGCUCGCCUAACAGCUUGUGGUGUCUCUGCGAUCUGCAAGCACAAGAAGUGGGAUGAAGUCCACGUCGGCGCUGACGGCUCCGUCUUCACCAAGUACCCGCAUUUCAAGGUCCGACAGGCACAAGCGCUGAAGGAGAUUCUAGACUGGCCGGCCAAGUAUGGCAAGGGCAAGGGUGAUCCUGUUGAGGUUAUGCCUGCUGAGGAUGGCUCGGGUGUAGGCGCUGCGCUGAUUGCUGCGCUUACGGUGAAGCGCGUGCAGCAGGGACAGCUCGCCGGUAUCAGAGAUAGCGAUGCUAUCUUACAGAUGGCGCCUAAAAACGCUCGGUAGAGUGAGAGCUAUGGUUGACAAAGUAUAGUAAAUCGAUUUGUAAAUAUAUAGAGAAC